AUGUCCACCCCGACCACUUCACCCCUCCCCACCGCAAACCCAGCCGCAACGCGCGCCGAAAUCCGCACCAUCCUAACAACCAACAACGUCGGCCCCUCGCGCGCCCUCCAAGCCUCCCUAAACGAGUUCCGGGGGUGGCCCCCCUCCUCCGUGUCAUCCCUCUUCACGAACUUCCCGCCCCUCCCAGACCGGCGCCUCUACCCCCUCGGCCCAGAAUGCCGGUACCCGCCGCCCGGACGCCGGCGCUGGACCGAACUCGCUGCGAAAGUCGCGACUCUCGCGAUCGUGGACACGGUCGCGCUCGCCACGGCGCCGAUUACGCUUGCGACGAUGGAUGCGGCGGCGCGCGCGAACGCAGCGGGGCAGUUGCGCGAUGUGCAUGUUGAGAUGCUUGCGACGUCGCUGUUUGUUGCGCCGUCGUUGGGACUCAUGGAGGAGGCGGGGCGGAGAGGACUGGCGCUGUGCGUGAAUAGAUCAGGCCAGUUUCAGAUCAUGGGCUCGGGGUACGCGGCGAUCUCGCAUGUCUGGGCGGAGACGAUGGGGCUGCAGUUCAACGACGAGAAGAUCGAGCAGGAUGAGCGUGGCUUACUGCGGAGCCACUUCAACAAGAUCAUGGGGGUUGUUGGGCGCGCCGGGUACGAGUGGGUGUGGUUUGAUCUGCUGGCGAUUCCGAAGAAGGGGCAUGGCCAGCGUCAAGACAAGAUGACGGAGAUCAAGACGCUGAUUAUCAACAGUCUGCACGGCGUGUAUAGCAAUGCGGACGCGGUGAUUGUGCUCGAUUCGUUCCCGCUGCUUCUCCCCUCGUCGGAUCCGCUGUUGACCGCGGCGGUCCUGGUCUGUGGGUUGUGGCUCACCCGCGUCUGGACGUACCAAGAGAUCAAGCUCGCGCGGAAAGCACUCAUCAUAACAGCGACCGCCGUCGUGCCGUUCAGCGAUAUCCUCAGCACGCUGGAGACGCUCGCGAACGGCGAUAGAGACAACCGCUACUAUCAGCUUUACCGUACCUUCGCGCGCCUCCAACCCGUCUACGGGCUGGGCAUAAAUCUCGCGGACAUCGCGCUGUCCUGCUCGAACCGCAGUACGGGGAACGACGUCGACUAUGCGCGCGGGUUUUACGCCCUGCUUGGAUUGAAGUGGGAGAGCGGAUGGAGCUACGAGGACGGCAUACGGCAUAUUUACGAGGCGCGGCCGCAGGAGGCCGCGAUGAUUGCGUCGAUGCAUGGGCCUCGAGGCUUGCCGAGGCCGCUUACGUGGGCGCCGCGGUACCUCGCGCAUUUGCAGGGAGAGGCGUUCAAGCCUUAUCUUAUGAAGUGUCAGUCUGGGGGUUUGGUGGGGGAGUGGCAUGCGGCUUCUGUGCGGGAGGUGGUGCGCGUUUGUGCGUAUGAGCAGCCUGGGAAAGAUGAUAGGUUGGCGUUUCAGCUUCUGGUUGCGAAUGAGAGGGGCGACACCGCGCAGGUUGCGGUUGUUACGUGGACUGAUCGCUGGACUGCGAGUUUGAAGGAGUGGACGGGGCUGAUCCCUGGAGGCAAGGCGAGGCUGCUCUGCGCGAAGGAGAUGGUGGUUGGCGAGCACUUUCCGACCGUGCUUCUUGCGGUUCUGGAAGGUGAUAUGAAACCCAAUCCCGAUGAUGUCGUGAGGCCGGGGGUUGACUCUAUGGGGUAUGUUCUUGCCAGCGGCGUUGUGGUAUCUGGCAAUCUGCUCUGCGCCGCUCAAAGCUGGCUGCUGAAGUGA